AUGGCGGUCGCACCGGAGCUCACGACGCCUCACACCCCUCUGCCGACCUUAUCACCCUCGUCGCUCGAACAGUACCUCCUCCUCGUCCUCAGCGACUCGAAUCUGCCAACGGGAGGCUUCGUAGCGUCCUCGGGCCUUGAAUCUUGGAUCCAGCACGGAUAUGCGGCGCUGCAAGCCGAUGCCUCGCCGUCGUCGACCUCGACAUCCCCACCUCGUCCGUCCUCGACUUCACCUGGACCCGAGGGACCGUUGCUGGGUUUCGUGCGUCACUCGCUGCACUCCUACGCACGACUAAACGUCCCACUACUCUGCGCCGCCCAUCGAGCCGUCUCCUCCGUCUCCCAACCCGAUCCUCCGUCUUCCGCCCAUCCAGCCAAAUCACCGACCAACGCGACCUUCCAGACCGCCCUCGACUCCCUCGUGUCCACCGACGCCCUCUGCGAAGCCCUCACCCUCAACCACGUCGCCCGCCGCGCCUCAAUAGCCCAAGGCGUCGCCCUCCUCACACUCUACGAACGGGCGUUCUCGCCUCCGCCUUCGACAGCAGGGACGGAUGCAGUUCUACAACUCGUCACGGAGUACAGGAACAAGGUCAGGAAGGGUGAGGAUGGCGCGUGCGGGCAUAUGAGCGUUGCGUUUGCGGUUUUGACGGCGGCUGUGGGCGUUACUCUCGACUCGGCCCUUCCGCUCUUCCUCUUCCUCCACGCCCGCUCCCUCCUCUCUUCCGCCGUCCGACUCAACAUCGUCGGUCCCUACCUCGCGCACCGCAUGCUCCUGUGGGACCUCAAGCCGCUUGUCGACGAGGCAGUUGCGGAGACUGCGCCGCGGAUAGACGAGGCUGUGAUCAAGGCGGAUGGAGCGCAUGGGGACGGUGGGCGGGAUAGCGGAGACUGGUGGGACGACGAUCCGACAUGGAAGGGCAUCUGGAACACUGGAGCAAGUGAGAAGGUUGACGAGCGAGGACCGGUGACGACUUGGCCGUUGGGCGAGAUUGUCGCGAGCAGGCACGACCAGCUCUUCUCGAAGGUCUUCAAUUCGUAG